GUGACUUGGGCCGAUAAAGGUGGUUUUAGUCAAAAACGUAGGGUUUCUGCAAAUGAGUAACUCAGACGAGGAGGAGACGAUGGCAAUCGCCCACUUGCAGUCUAUACGCCAGCGGCGAAGACCGCCUCAUUCAAAGCGGAGGGCUUCCAGAGAUUCAGCGGCGAAGGUUAAGAUGAAUUCGACUUGGGACCAGGAGAUGAUUACCGAGGACGCCGGUAGUGCCAAGAAGAUGGAGGAGGUGAUGAUUUUGAAGAAGGCAGCGGCGAAGAUGGGGGUAAAGCAGAUGUCAUCGACGGCGUACUUGAGUGAGUCAGAAGAGGAGGCGAUGAUUAUGGCCCAAGAGAAAUCUAUUAGUUUCUUGAAGGAUGUCACAGACACCGACCUCGAGAUUGAAGGCAGCCGGCGGCGAAAACCUCCUCAUCUGGUGCGGAGGGCUUCCAGGGAUUCAAGGCUGUUGGCAGAGAUGAUGUGGUACAAACUGCAGAAUAGAUUGUUUAUGGACAAGGAGGAGUCUGAACGCGCCCACGAGAACAUUAUACUCUUUCUCGAUAGUUUAAUGAAGGCCAAGGAGGAGGCCAGGGUUUUGCAGCAGCCAUCACAGGGUCUCAAGAUUCAAAACAAAUUUCUUCUCUUUCGUUUUUGGUGCUGAUGCUCCACUGAGAUAUCAUCUGAAACGUUUUUGGGGUUUGUGAACAGGCGUAUUUCUUUCUCUGGUGUUUCGUGAAGCACACGUUUGGUGGCACUAUGUAUCUGUUCUGCCAUUUUUAUGUAGACAGGACAUUAGUUAUGAUCUUUCCUUGGAACAGACAGGGCAUCAUUAUCUGUUCUUCCUGGGAGGAGCUUAGCGAUUACAGACCAUUUGUUUCCGUGGAUGCCAUGUGCUGUGAUGAUAGCCUGAUCCUAUACCUCUGUAUAAACAUUAAAAACAAAUAGAUAAAGAAGUAUUACUGAUGAAAUAACGUAAAACUUGUGAAUAAUCAACUA